GCGUUGAAAACAAAGAGAGAUUUGAAGCCCCGCAGUGACAAAAUUCAUAUUCAAUUCAUAAGUUGGAAAUUCACAAGUGGAGAAGAUGUAGAGUUUGGAGAUAAGGCAGGGUAUUAGAUUGGACUAGAAGAUCUUGGAAGUGGGUAAGAGCUGCAAGGCAGAAGUGAAUUUUUGAACGUUCCCAGAAAAUUAAGAAAUAAUUUGUGAAGAUAGCCCUGGGAGAAUGGAGGAUCAUGAGAUGGACUGAGAGGUCAGGAAAACAGAAUGCAUGGUGUGUUGUCCUCAGUUAUCUCUUAGGAAGAAAGAAAGACUUGAAGAUAUGGGUGUAUAGAUGAAUGUGCUAAACAGAUAAGCAUUUGCAGAGAAAUAUCUGGGAAAAUUUUAUCCUCACAAAAGAAAGUUGACAUUAGCGACCAGGAAGAAAAAAUGGCACAAUUGCAGCCAGCAGAGCUGGAUAUACACAGUCAAGGACAUUAACCACCUGAACUGCAAGAAAAACUUCUUGUGAAGCACAGAUUGAAAAAAAUCAAAGUUGAAAACAGUUGUUUAAGAUGGAGAACCGUAAGAAAAAUUCAAGAAGGUUGUUUUUCUUUUCUUGAAAGAAAAACCCAAUUUGCUCUUUCAGGGCUGGAAGGACAUUGUGAAGAAAUAGGUAAUUUUGAUUAUUCUGGAAUGUAGAGGCAAGUUGACAAUAUUAUUAAAAGCACAACAUUUAAAGACAACUUUCUCCUCAGAAUUGUAUGGAAAAUCUUUAUUUUAAAAAGGGCUGUGUUGAAAAUGACAGAGGGGCAGGUCUGCUUCCACGAAUAUGCUGAACUCAAACACAAAAGUAGAGCGGAAUAAGAUGGUUAUGGUAAUAUAUUGGAUAAAGUGAAAGUUAUAAUUAAAAAAAAAAUAAGGCAAGGAACCAUCAAGGCAACACAAAUAAAGAACAGAUUUAUCUUAGCAACUGAAUAUCUCCCUUUUGGAGGAGCAAGAAGCAGCUUCAGAAGAAGCCAGCUCUCUCAAAUCUUUUAGGCUCUGAAGUAUGAUUUUUUUCAUCAGAGAUGAAAAAUCACCAGCCAAGAUGAUUUAUCUGCUGAAGUAGCUGGAGCACUCGACAACAUUAUUUCAGUCAGAUGUCAUGAACUGGGGAUGAUUUGAGUGUCUGACAAAUCCUGUUUCCUGGCACAAAGCACAAAAAAAGUUAGAAACUUUAGAGGUUUUUUUAGAGAAAGAUUCUGUUGCUCACAAUGUUUGGUUCAAAAAGGAACAAGCAUUCACAAAAUGUGUUUUCAAAUAGAGACUUUUCAUAUUUUAGUUAAAACUUUUUAGCACUAUAAUAACUGAAUAUGGAAAAAUUAGCUCUUUACUGCAAAAGGAAAAGUUUUGUCUUUAUUCUGAAGAGAGACCAUAACAGUUGUAAUCAGAGCUUUGGAUAACCAAAACAGAAACUGGUGAUGCGACAGAAAUUGGGAAGAGAUUGGAUUGACUUGGGGAAGAAGCGCUGUUCUACCAGACAUAGCUUUGCUCCUCUCUUAUUUGGAAAUUAAACUGGAAGCAUAGACAAAUGAUCACUCAACACGUGACUGCAACAUUAAGUGCUCUGCAAGGACAGGAGAUGGUCUUGUUACAAAGCAGAAAAGGAUUUAGAAGAUGCAAGCAUACCUGAUGAGCAAGAAAGAAGUGCUGGACAAGAGAAUUUGAACCUCAGAAUAAAAGAGCUGGAGAAAUUGGAGCAAAAACUGAAACACACUUUAGAGGACUACAUGGAGUCAGAUUCUGUGCUAAGAAAUAGGAUGAAAGAGCUGGAGCUGUCACACAAAACACUUCUUGUAACGAUUGAUCAACUAAACAUGAAAGUGCACCAUUUUGAAAAUGCAAAUGUGCGUGUUAAAGGGAAACUGCGAGAAGUUUGGGAAGAGCUGCUGAGCUUGGUUGAAAACCAAGAGAAGUCAGAGAAGAAACAAAAGGAGAAAUUGCAUUGGCUUCUAGAGCAGCUGAAGACAAAAGAAAAUGAACUAAAAAGCCAAUCUGAGUACUUUGAGCACUACAAACAAAGGCAGAAGCAACAGACAGCAGUGCUGAGAAAAAGGGAAUGUUACCUACAGGGUGAGGUGUUUAGACUGGAAAAACAAGUGCUAGAUCUCAGUGCCCAUACUGCUCUUUUGACCUCUGAGUUAGGAGAGGGAAUGGCACAGGGUCUCCAGAAGAAGCUGGAAUCAGCAUCCAAAGGCCUGCAGAGCUGUAAACCUUCUAAUAUGCAACUCACAGAAUUGAAAAACUCCAUUGGAAAUGUGGAGCAUGACAUGAAAAGCCACUUUGAGUCAUUUCAGAAAAAUCUGAAGUUCUUAAGGGAUAAAGAGGAGGACAACAGAAGAGAAAGAGCAGACCUGCUGGCUCAGCUUCAGUGCUCCCAGGACACUGAAGACUUUCUCAGGAGAAAAUUGGAAGAAUCUUGUCAUCAUGUCUAUAAUCUGAAACUAUCUGAAAUCAAACUACAGGAACAAGUGAACAAGCUUCUGAAUGAAAACAAGUCUUUAAAAUAUCAAGCUAGGGUGAGGUUAAAAAAGAAAGAAGAAAAGGACUCACAGCUUACAAGACCAGAAAAUGCAGACAACAGUGCUGACCUGAACAGAGACCUACACCAGCAAGAUGUUCGAAACAAGAAAAGGGGAGCAAUUUCAGAUCAACAGAGAAGCAGAGCUGCUCAAACUUCAUUUGUGCUGCUGCAUGCCAUGGAGUAUGAAACACCAGGAUACAGCUGUGAUGGGCCUAAACAGACAGAAAGGCUACGAGAAGAACUGCUGCCUGUUUCAGAGCACAAUUCCAACAUCCUUGCAGAUGCUGCUGAAGAACUCAGUUUAGCUCAAAUCAAACUGGUCACCCUAGGAACAAAAACUACAGGUGCUUCAGAAGACAGUUUCAAUUUGUUUAGAUGUACCCCAAGCUAUUCUGCCGCAAGCCUGCUUCCACCUUGCUCUGAAAAAGUAACUAAUGGUGAAACAAGCAAAGGAAACAAAGAUGAAGAAUACUUUUCUUUUGUGAAAGAACAAGCUAUACUUCUACCAGCAAAAAUGUUCCCUGUUUCUGUGGUUGAAGAUUUGAUGAGAAGCAAACCCAACAUUAUCUUCUUAAAUCCAGAAAGCUACAGGGUAGAGGCUGUCACAACAGUGAAGAAAGUGAGGAGUUUGGAUUUCAGUGGGGCAAAUACCAGUCUUUGCUUGGAUGGUCUGUGUGUUGUUACAGAAGAAGGUUUUUCUGAUAAAGCUCUUACAGCUCUUUGCGGAACUAUUCCAUGCUCUGUGACGGAAAAUUUUGCAUCCUCUCUUCAAAAAUACAGAGUGGAAAAACAUCAGCAAAAGGAAAUAAUUCUACCAAAAAGCAUAAGUAAGAAUAAAAGUUCAGAUAAAAGUGUUUGUGAUAGAAAAUAUCACCAAAAAAUCUUUAGAUCGAGAAUUAAAGGAGAAGAAAUACAGACUGAGAAAUCCCAAGUGCAACAGGUAACCUCUGUUUUUGGGGAAAAUUCUAAUGUUUUAAAUAAGAGAGGUUUGACAAAGCCUGAGAAUCAAGGAAUUGAAGUCAAAGGCGAACGAGGUACUCCACAAGGUGUCCACAAAAUAUCUGUUGAUGUGGAAGACUUUCAGUUGCAUUUCAGAGAGAGUCCUGAACAAGUGGAGAAACAAGGAAGACUCUCAGAAAUGUGCAUAUCUGAUGUGUUGAGGGUGUGCAAAGAUGGAGACAUGAUAAAAAUGGGAGAGGAAGAGAAGAAAUCUCAGAAAGCAACUCACCAAAUAAACCCUUCAAGAAAUACUGGACUGAAAGGAAAAAAAGUCCAGUCCCUGAAACUACAUGAAUCAAAUGAGAAGUAUUUCUCACGUCAGGAAAUUGCUGCUGAAGACAUGCGGUGUACAUACUCUCAGAAAUGCUCUUGGUCAGAGGAAGAGGGUUAUCCACUAAACUUAUUGUCUCCUAUGCGGAAGAGGCCCAUGCGCUUAAGCAAACACUUCGUGCCAGAGAACAAUUUUUCUGAAUAUUUCUGCCACCUGUCACCACCAGCAGCGGUUCAUGAGCGUAAUAUGAAAACAUAUGAAUUGGAAAAAUUAGUGGCAAUGUGUUCCCAGAAGAUAUUUCUACUGAUGCAAGAGAAUGAAAACUACUUUAAAAAGGUCUGUGUAUUACAAGAGGAGAACGAGAGAUGUGUUCAGAAGAUGUGUGCACUGGAAGAGGACAUGAAUGCAUAUUUUCAGUACGCUUUAGAAGUUGAUGAUGAUAACAAUGUUUCUUUUCAAAAUUUACUCAAUGAGAAUGAAAUUGUUGGUAAAUGUUAUAAUGUGUCAGAAGGAAAUACCAAGAGUCCAGGAACAGUUUUUGCUAAAACCAUCUCUAAGAAUCUCUCUUACAUUGAUGAGAAAAGUAGGAAUUUGGGGAAAGACUCAUUAACAAUUGAAUUAAAUAAACUUCCUAAGAGUGUUUUACCUCUAGAUGGAAAGAAAAUUGGAUAUUUUCAGCUACUUUCUGACCUGAAAGAAGAAAGAAGACAAUGCUUCAAAGAAAUAGCUAAAUUAUUACAAGACAAGGAAAACUAUAUAGCAAAGUAUAAUGAAUUAAUGCAAGAGAGAGAGGGAAACUUAAAAAGAAUAUCUCUUUUAGAAGGUGAAAAAGAAAAUUUAUUGGGAAGUUUGGCAGAAAUAAAAUGUGAACAGGAUAAAUACCGGGCCUUGGUCUCAGAACUUCAGGAGUGCAAAACUAGCUGUUAUCAGACUAUUUCUGACUUACAGGAGGAAAAAUGUGUCCUAAAAAGAGCUAUAGACCAAAUUAAAAAAGAAAAUGCAGAACAACUUGGUGAGUUUCAGAAAGCAAAUGCUGACUUCGUUUUAGAAAACAACAAAUUGAAAGAAUUGAUGUAUUCUUUGGGUUUCUCCUAUGAAGAUCUGAGGAAAGAAAAAAGUUUGGGAACAAAGGAAAAUAUAGUAAAAAUAAAAGAAGAAAAUAAAACUCAACAUUAUGGUGCUAGGCCAAGGAAAGUUGAAACAGCAUGUGGUGUAACUCAGACUGAAGAAGAUAGAAGAGACCCGUCCGGCUAUUUUUACAGCAAAGAGGGCAGGAGAUCUGAAAGCUACAGUGCGAUGAAAGAGCAAGUGGAAAGGUCAAAAGAGGAAUUAAAAGCACAGCAAAAAGAAUUAGAAAAAUCAAAAAAAGAGGCUCAGAAAUGGUACAGGGAACUUGGCUUUGCUGAAACCAGAUAUGAAGAAAUCAAGACUUAUUUAACACAUGUUCUCUCAGAAUUAGACUGUCUUAAACAAGAAGCUGAAGACAAAACUCUUGGAAAGCACCACUGCAAAUUAACGCCGAUGUACACCAUGAAAAAUGCCCAGGAAAUGGAGGAAAAUAAAAUAUCCAAUAAGAGAUUACAGCAGCAAAUACUGACCUUGAAAGCCCAGCUCAGGGACCAGACUGCAUUACAAAAUCAGUUUCACAACUUGGAAAAUAGAGUGGAACUUCUUCAGGCUCAGCUGUGUGAAAAGACAAAAGAACUCCAGAAGAGAAAGUCUGAAGCAAUGUUGACACUAGCUCCUCUAAAGGCUAAGUUGGCUUGCCUGACCAGAAAAUGCCAGGAAAGGAACAGCUUCAUUAUCAGGAUGCAUGGUGAGUUUCACCGUAGAGGAUUUAACAACUCCAAGUUUGAUGAAGAAGUGAGGAGCUUGGUGAACGACGUUGCCCUUGCAGAGUACAUAGACACUUUUACAACAACAUGUAAUCAAGAGAUGCUGCCUUCUUCCACAGACAUUUCAGAGGCCAGUGGGCAGUCAGAGAAUCAUGAGGCUUCAGUCAAAGUGAGCAGAAUGUCGCGGUCAAUACCUGCAACCUUUCUGCAAGAGGCAGAUGGCAUCCACAGCUCUCACAUCACUCCAAAUAUAUACACCAGUUCUCCUGUAAAAUUAACAAGUCCAGAGAGGAUCAUAGCCUUGCAUCGGGAACUAAGACAAAACCAUCAGAGAAACUGCCAGAUGCCUUCAUUUGUCUCCUCCAAUACAAACUCAAAGGCUGACCCCAACCUGUCUGUGACUCAUGAGGAAACACCUUGGCCUCCACUCCCAAAGAUGAAGGACACGCUGGAGCUUUUGAAGCGUGACUGGUCCAUGCAGGGGAGGGACUGCUUGUCCAAAUGGGAUGAUGUAUUUGGGGGUCAAAUAGGAAAUCAGCAUGCAAGUGCUAUUCCCCAGGGAAUUAAAGAGAAAGAUGUCAUUACAAAUAAUGCAUGGCUCUCUAGAGAAAAAACAGAUGGCUCAACCUCAGCUACCACAGCAAAAAGCUCUUUGUCAGACAUGUUGUCAGCAAGUAAUAAAGGUUGAAAUCCUGUGGGAAGAAAUCAGCUGCAUGGGAAAGAAUAAAAACCUCAGAAAUAAAACAAGGUAAAGCAGCUUAGCAAUGUGAUAUUCCCAUUGUAAUACUACUUUGUAUGUAUAAAAAGUACUGCUUAUUUUUUAAACCAAAAAUAUUUUACUAGAUGUUUGAGGUGCCUGGAAAAUUUACAUGAAAGAGAGCUUUAAUCAUUUUUAAGAUCAGAAUUUGUUACAAGACUUUAGAUAACUGAAACCAGCAGAGUUUUCAACAGCCAGGGUGCUUCUCAAUUUUUGCUUUACCGCUUGUCUAUGAUUUGUUUUUCCUUUAACUGUGAAACAAUCUAUUAAAUCACUUGUUUUUAUAUACAACCCAUUUCUUCAGAGUGCAUUGGCAAUUUCUGAAAAAAUAUCUGGCUUGAGUGACAGGAACUUAAGGAGAUAUUGUGGCAUGGACUUCCUAAAUUCCUACUUUAUGUAUAUGUGACAGUAGUUCUGCUGUUAGUAAUUCCUUAAUGUUGUGGGAUUUUUUUUUCUUUUUUUCUUUCAAUGAGCUGACUUACAACAGGAUAUUCUGUGUGUUCCUGUAGAUGGUACUAUCCAUAAAACACCAUCCUUCAAUUGUUACUUUUAAGCCCUUUAUUCGAAUUCCGGUUUAAUUUUAGCAGUUUUAUUGGACUUGUUUCAAAGUGCUUCUUUAGAUGACUGCUUGGGCAUUGUGAGUGCCAUAACAGAGCUUCUGGGGUAGAUACUGAGAUGACAAACCCCUAUAUUCCUGCAGUAAACAAGUGAAGGCAGUGCCAGGCCAGCUGCUCUAGCAUAGCUGUGGUAGAGCUUCCUUGUGAACCUGACUCAGAAAUAGAUGUGGUCUGGUCUGUGUGAGCCUUUGAUGGAACAUGAGGUAAUGGGGAGGAGCAGGAAGGAGGCAUGUGUGAGCCAAGAUAACUUGAGUUUGGAAAAUUUAACAGAGCUUGAUUGCGAAUUACCCUAAACACUUAAUUUAUGCCAUUUAUAUUGGGAUCCUACCAACCAGGGCUGAUAUUUUUGGAAACUCAAUUAUUCAAAUUUCCUAGCUAUCAUUAUUUUUAAUCACUUUUAUUAAGAAAGGGCAUUUUUUAACACACGUUAAUUUGUGACACUGUUCUGUGUUUUUUCUCUGCCUUCAUUGAUUACCUCCAAUUGGUUCAUAAUGCAUUAUUGCUUUUUUUUGAUGCUGCUCCUCCAAAGCCAGAAACAAAAUGACUGGUUUUGAAAAAGUAUUAAUGCACAUAUUCGCUCCUCAUGGUGGGAAACCCAUCUUAAUUUGCUCAGUAAUGUAACAGAGCAAUUGCUUACGGCAGUAACUGAAUUGGUCUUCAUCCAAAACCUCUUUAGAAAAUACACACCAAGUGUCAAGGGAAAUAGACUCUGAAAAUGAUGUUUUAAAGCACUGUUUAAGCAGAGAAGCCUAUGAGUAUCUAACAUCUGGAAUUCUGCUCUAAUCUGGCUUCCUAUUCUUUCUAAUGCUGGCUGAUGUCCUGUCACAAGUUGUUUUAUUUAAGACUAGGAUAUUUCAAUGUAGAAAAACACAUUACUUGACACUACAACUUUCAUAUUGAUAAAAUGAUGCUUUAAAGCACUUUGCAAAAACUUUUUUGGAGCUUCAUCUUGCUGACAGUAAAUUACAUGAACUGGUAGCUCAGGUCGGCUAGAGGUCAGAUGAUAAUACAUGAAGCAUGUUAAUAAUAAGGGUAUUAAUCAUAAUAUUGUGUGAUGGUAAGAUAGCCUGUUAUCAUAAAUACCAUACUAUCUUACCAUGAAAUGAAGCCUUUCCCACUCCACUCUCUUUCUAUCAAAGAUAAGUAUGGUUUAUCUAUUAUGCUUCGUGUUACAGCUAAGUAGGUUAUUUGGCCCCAUUUUUCCUUCUGUUAAAAUUGGUUGUUUCCUGAACAAGAUCUGCAGACACGCACAGUUUUAGUUGUGGGAACAGGCACUUACAGACAUAUUUCCAAAAAGGAGCUGCAUAAUAUGUAGUGGACUCAAGAAAUUCCUCAGGCCAAUAGAUUAUUUGCUAGCACUUUGUAGCUUUGCUUUACAAGCCAUAGAUUUGAAUUAAAAUCCUUUGGGUUUUUUAAUUCUUUAAGAAACACUUUCUUCCUACAACAAUAAGAAAAAAUUAAAGAUGUGCAGAUAACAAAGUUCUGACUUUUCUAUCCAUUGCUUUUUACUUCUGCUAAGUAAAAAUGCAAGAUUUUAGAUACUGCAGGGGAGGAAUGCUAAUGAUUUAGCAGUGUUCAUUUACAGUGUUACCUACAACAGCCCUAGGAAAGAUGGAUCAUCUAAAGGCUUUCCUUUUGAA